AUGGACUAUAAUAAUGUAUUUGUUAAUGGUCAAAUAUCACAGUCAGAUCAAAAUGUUUUUUUAACAAUAGAUCCAAAUAAUAGGUAUUCUAGAUAUCCAGAUAAAACCGAUUUAUUAAAAUGUACUUUUGGUAUAAAAUUUAUAGUUCAAUAUAUUACAAGUCCUAUAUUAGAACCACUUUCGGGACUUUUUAUUAAUAACUACGAUACUUUUUAUGAACUUAUAACAACUCAAGAUGCAGGCCAAGGCUUAACAUCAAAGUUUAGAAUUAAGGAUAGGGAUAACCAAACAUUAUUCACUGACUUUAAUUUAGAAUUGUUUUGUCACAGUAUUGAUGUAGAUUCAUUGGAAAUUAAAGCUUUACCUCCAUUUUUAGAACCUCAACUUCAAAACAACAUAAAAACAUUUUAUUUUUAUUUAUCGAUUAAAGGACUUAAGUAUCCAGUACCUUUGUCAAUUGAACCAUCAUUGGCCAGUAAUGGUAUUACUAUUAUAUCAACCCCGAUUGAAGAGUGUUUAUACAUUCUAAUGGUUACAAACAUUAAUGUUCAAUACUUUCUGGAUCUAAAUGCCGAGUUUAAUCUAAAUUUCACCGAUAAUAGAAAAAUCAUAGUUAAAAGUGAAACUAUCUUUAGAACUACAAACUAUCAAAACAUAACAUAUAAAGUAUAUCCAGAAACACUUUCAAAUAUUCUGUUUAGAUAUCCUCAAAAUGGAUUCUUAUUUUCACCUGUUGUUAUUGUGAAAUCAGAUUUAACACCCGAAAAUGCUUAUUUUUUAAGUAAAAUUGGAUCACAAGCUCCUCCCACAUUUAAAUUGGCUUCUCAAUCGUUGGAUAGUGGCAAUAAUAUGGUAUAUAAUUAUAUUUUCCCAAUAUCUGUAAAUAGUGGCGCUUCUACCGAUUUUUUACUAUCCUAUAACAAUGGCUCAACGUCUAUUUUUGAUACAGGAGCUAUACCUCAAAGCAGCCUUUCACUAGGUCCAUUAGACACAUUCUCAUUACUUUUUAAUAAUAUUGCAGGGACAUAUUUUUUAACAAAUUUAAAAUAUCAAACCAGUUUCUGUGGAUUUUCUUUUGUUUCUGAAUUCCCAUAUGGGUUUAUUGAAGGAACAAACUCUGCAUUUUAUUAUAAAUCAGUAUUUUUUCAAAAAUUAUCAAACGGAAUCACAGAUAGAGUAACGUUUCAAGAAUAUACCCAAAGUUUUUUGAUAGAUCUCCAAAAUCCAAACUCUGUUUCAACAACAGAUAUAAGCCCCCCCAAAGUAACACAUUUAGAGUUUAUUCAUAUCUCGGGAUUUAUAUUUUUAUUUAAAGUAGGACUAUCCGAUGAAACUGCAGUAAAACAAAUUUUAAUUGGCAAAUAUAUUAAAAAAUCGAUCGCUUGCGAGGGUAUUAUAGAUGGUGAUUGUAAAAACGGUUUGUUUGAAUCGGCUAUUGACAUUGAAGAUUUAUAUGGCUAUUUGGCAUUAGAUUCUUAUGGUAAUCAAAAAGAUUUUAAUAAAGAUAGUUAUCUUUAUACCAAUUCCGAAGGAUUCUCUGUCUAUUUUACUAUUCCAGUUCCUGAUGUUCAAUAUUAUCCACUAAAAUUUCUUUUGACCGAUGAUAUUUCAACUGAAGACUUUCAAGAAAAUUUAAUUAAAGAAUCAACAAUCAGAUGGGAUGACCGAUUAAAGCUUUUUUACUGUGACUUUAUUGUGCCAAAGAACACAAACCAUAAAGUUAUUAAUUAUAAGAUAUCUUCACCUUAUAAAGGAGUGAAGAGUCAUGCAUUUCCCCCAUUAAGAGUUUUAAAGACUAAUUUCGAUAACGAUGGUCCAAUAAUAUCAAGUAUCACAAAUAUUGAUGGUAAAACUGGAUGGAGAAUUGGAAUUACUGACACUCCCAACGGUUUUGGCAAUGGUUAUAUAAAAGCAAUAGUUAUAGCUAUAUAUAUAGCAAUUAUUAGUCCAUUUAACGUUACUGCAUUUUAUCCAACCAAAACAAAUACAUUUAUAGUUCUUCCAACUUAUUUUAAUACAACGGGUUUACUAAAACCAUUUGAACCAACAUCAACACCAGAAUUAACAAAAACUCCAAUACCAACUAAUAAACCACAACAAUGUUUAGGUUCGCCAUUAUGUGGAGGUCCAUCCCAUGGUAAAUGUGUUGAAAACCAAGGUUGUGUUUGCGUUUCACCAUGGAUUGGUAUUGAUUGCUCAUCAAGAAUUGUUAUUGUUGACCCACCUCUCGCAAACAAUUCAGAUCCAUCAACUGAAAUUGUUCUCCCCUAA